CUAUUAACUUAAACAAGUUUAUCCCCGCCUUCCAUUACCAUUUUGGUGUCCAGUGCAGAGUAUCUGAAUAUGGAUUUCUCAAGCUUAUUGAUCUUUUUCAAGCUAUUCCUAGAAUAGUGGAUUUAUCAGAGGACAGUGAUGGCGAGAAAGUGGUACAAUUAACCCAGGAUGAGAGGCUUAAGGUUCUUGGAGAGCAGCUGCAUAUUCUAUUGGAAAAGAGCGAGGAAGGAGCUUUGGAUGUAGCUCAGAUUCGACCUGAUUUUCUCAAUGUGUUCGGCUACCAGCUCAGGGUUGAUAUGUUUAAAUCAGAAACUAUCAAUCAGUUGAUAGACCUUUUGCCUGACUGGGUUUGUAUUGAAACAGUAGCUGGAGAAGAGAGGCUUGUCAUGUCUGAACAGGGACUGGUUCAGAAUCUUGGAAGGAAGAUAUUAGAAUUGUGUCCUGAACAAACUGAGGAAUGGAUAGAUAUUUCCACUAUGCAGGAUUUAAUCUUCAAGAGGAGUAGAAUGAAGGUGGAUAUAUCCCAAUAUCAAGAUAGACUACUUGAUAAACUGGAAUUCAAGGAAAACAAGCUCAGACGGAAUCAUCAACAUUGCGUCAUAAAGAACAUAGAAGUUUUACUACAGGAUGGAAGGUUGAAUAUUGCCCAAAUUGAAGCUGAAUAUGAGUCGAAAUAUUGCAGGUAUGGGAUUUUACUUCAUGUUGAGCUUUUUAAAAUGUCAAAAUAAAUAAAAAAAAAAAAUCCAAUUUAGAAUAUAUCCACUCAUUAUAUCAUUU